GGGCUGGACAAAUACAGUGCAAGCCUAUCCCUAAUCCACACACACUGAGUAAAUGCAGAGGCCGGAGGAUUUGUCAUAAUUCAUUAUUACAUUACGAUAGUGAACAAUACAUCGGCCUGGGGCGUACAGUUAGUUUGCACAUUGAAAUUUCUUCUCGCAGUCCGGCAGAAUGGCUGAAACCACAGAUGUGUUUAAAAGCGUUCAGAGAAAGCCUGGUGUACAGAUCUGGACCAUCAAUAAAUUGCAAAUGAGCCCUGUUCCAGAGCAAGCAUAUGGAAAUUUCUUUGAGGGUGACUGCUAUGUCAUUGUUCAUGUGAGCGGUGACUCCUCAAAAUCCACUGACAUCCAUUACUGGAUAGGCAACAGUUCCUCUCAGGAUGAGCAGGGGGCAGCGGCUAUCUAUGUGUCCCAGUUGGACGGCUAUCUCGGUGGCUCUCCCGUUCAGUACCGUGAGGUCCAGGGAGCCGAAUCGCCCAAAUUCAAAAGCUACUUCAAGAAUGGCCUCAUUUAUAAAAAAGGUGGCGUGGGAUCAGGCUUCACGCAUGUGGACACCAACGUGUACAACAUUCUGCGACUGCUUCACGUCAAGGGGACCAAACACGUGACGGCUAGAGAGGUGGAGGUGUCCUGGAGCAGUUUGAAUCUGGGGGAUAUAUUCUUGCUGGACAUGGGAAAAGCAAUAAUACAAUGGAAUGGCCCCCAAAGCAACCGACAAGAAAAAUUAAAGGCUGUUCUGUUGGCUCAGGACAUCCGGGACAGAGAGCGUGGCGGUCGGGCUCAGAUUGGUGUGAUUGAGGGGGGACAGGAAGAAGCUUCUCCUGAACUCAUGAAGGUUAUGAUAUCUGUCUUGGGUCAAAGGUCUGGACACCUGAAAGAGGCGAUACCUGAUGACAAACCAGACCAAUACCAGAACUCUAACGUCAAGCUCUACCACGUGUCUGAUGCCAGCGGUCAGCUCAUGGUGCAGGAAGUUGCUGCCAGCCCACUGACCCAGGAUCUGUUGCGCUCCUCUGAUUGUUAUAUAUUAGAUCAGGGUGGCAGUUCAGUGAUGGUCUGGAAGGGAAAAAACGCAUCUGAGGAAGAGAGAUGUUCGGCUCUGAGUCGGGGAGUUGGCUUUAUAAAAGCAAAGAACUACCCAUCGAACACUAAAGUGGAGGUUAUGAGUGAAGGAGGAGAAUCUGCCAUGUUUAAACAUCUCUUCAAGUCCUGGAAAGAAGCAGGUCAAAUUCAAGGCAUGGGAAAAACCCACACUGUGGGCAAGAUAGCUAAAGUGGAUCAGGUAAAGUUUGAUGUCAUGGAGCUCCACGCUCAGCCGAAGCUCGCGGCUCAAGAGCGGAUGGUGGAUGAUGCGUCAGGUGAAGUUCAGAUCUGGAGGAUUGAACAACUUGAGCUGAAGGAGGUCAGCCCGAAAACGUAUGGACAGUUCUAUGGUGGAGAUUGUUACCUGGUGCUGUACACCUACAAUAGAGCUAAUAAACCCCAACACAUCCUCUACAUGUGGCAGGGCCGUCACGCCACACAGGACGAGGUGACAGCAUGUGCGUAUCAGGCGGUGAAUCUGGAUAACAAAUACAACGGAGCCCCAACACAAGUCAGAGUGGUGAUGGGAAAAGAGCCCAAACACUUCCUGGCUAUCUUUAAAGGAAAACUCAUCAUCUAUGAGGGUGGGACUGGUCGAGCGGGUGUGGUGAACCCUAACCCUGAUGCCAGGCUCUUCCAGGUCAGAGGGGCGCAUGAAAUGAACACAAAGGCUACAGAGGUCCCAGCACGAGCCUCUUCUCUGAACACCAAUGACGUCUUUCUGCUCAAAACCGAUGCGGUCAUUUACUUGUGGUAUGGAAAGGGUUGCAGUGGUGAUGAAAGGGAGAUGGGAAAAACCGUAGCCGAUGUGCUCUCUCAGCAGGAUAAACAGAUAGUGAUGGAGGGACAGGAACCAGCUGCUUUCUGGGUGGCUUUGGGAGGAAAAUGUCCAUACGCCAGUGACAAGAGACUGGAGAAAGAAGACCUGCUUCACUCUCCUCGCCUGUUUGAAUGCUCCAAUCAGACGGGCCGAUUCCUCAUGACCGAAAUGGCUGACUUUACACAGGAUGACCUGGAUGAAGAUGAUGUCAUGUUACUAGAUACCUGGGAGGAGAUAUUCCUCUGGAUUGGUAACUCAUCUAACCAGUAUGAGACACAGGAGGCAAAUCUUUGUGCAGUGGAAUAUCUUCAAACCCACCCCGCAGGACGAGACCCCGGGACACCCAUUAUCACUGUUAAACAGGGCAAUGAACCCCUCACCUUCACUGGAUGGUUUGAUGCUUGGGAUCCUCACAAGUGGAGCGGUGGCCUUUCAUACGAGGAGAUGAAAAGCCAGCUGGGUGAUGUUUCACAAAUCACUGUGAGUGUUAACAACAUAGAUCCGAAUAAGAAGUCAGGUGGAGGUGCAGGGAGUUACACAGCUCCUGGAGGUCCAGGAAAUAUCAAACCCAUUAACCAGCGAACACAGUCGUCCAGCUCCAGUGCACAGAGACAGUCUUCUGGUAAAGCACAGCCUGUGAGGUCUGAGGAGCUAGUGAAUAAAACCCCUGGUCAACCUUCUCAUGGAGUGGACCCUGACAAAAGAGAGGUCAGUUUGACUGAUACAGAAUUUGAGAAUCUCCUCGGGUGCACACGUAAUGAUUUCCAACGACUGCCCAAAUGGCGUCAGAAUGACCUUAAAAAGAAGGCAGGACUGUUUUGAGAAUAAAUGUACUUUUUUGUGACAAAAUCUGAUCUUCAAAUCUGAUUGGUGAACUUUUUAGGGUAGUGUGGGGGGGCUGGGACACUGUCACUUAUAAGAGAAACUUUGAUUGGCCCAGGCGUUGCAAUGUAAGAGGUUUAUUUAUUUUAAAAUAUCACACUUUUAAACGAAGUUGUCCAUAACUUGAUUUUUUUUUGUAAAUAUAUUCAUAUUUAUGAAAAUACUUAAUUGUAAUACAACUUUGAAAUUAUGACUUGUGAUUUUGUCUUUAGAGUACUUAUAAAUCCUGUUUAGUAUACUAAUAAAAACACAUGCUUAGAA